AUGUCCCGUCAACUCAUCUCCAGUGAGAAGUUCCCCACGAAGCCGCACAACUGCCCCGCUGUCAAGGUUCCUGGCCUUGUCUUCUGCGCGGGACAAACCGCCACGGGGGAAAUCAAACAGGCAACAAGAACCGUUCUUCAGAAUCUUAAAGAAGUCCUUGAAUUGUCUGGGUCAUCACUCGACAAAGUAGUCAAGUACAAUGUUUAUCUCGCCGACAUGAAGGAUUUUGCUGCCAUGAAUGAAGUCUACAUUGACUUCCUUCCUCAGCCUAUGCCUUCGCGAUCGUGCUUGCAAGCCGUACCUCCAGGCAACGGCACCGUCAUUGAAAUUGAGUGCAUCGCGCAAGCGUGAAGAAGGACGUGGUAGAUA